GAAAAUAAAGAGAAUCAUUUCAGUCAGCGGCACACAGGAUAUUGAAAAACUUUUAUUUUGAAGUGGAAACACACACCGCCAUGUUUUAAAUAUGUGUUGUUGCUGGCUUCACUUUGAGUGCAAUUUGCGCGCUAAUAUUGUGUUUGGUGUUUAAGAAGAAAAGUCGAAGAUGAGCCAGAUGUUGGACUGUGUGUCUUUGGCCUCCUACACUGAGUAUCCCACUGAUCGGCCCUUCAUCAACACACACACCACACACCGUCCUGCAAAACCUGUUAAAGCGUUUCCUGAGAGCAGCAGUGCAGCGAUUCUCUCAGCACUGCAGAACCUACAGGAGAAAAUUCACAGGUUGGAACUGGAGCGAAUGCGAGAGGAACGGAACCUUAAGAAGCUCUCGGGGGAGAACCCUCACAAACGGAACAUUCCAGAGAGAGAACCACACGAGGACAGAGACUCUCACAGACCCAGGAAACAUGAGUUUGCCUCUCACUUAGCAGCAGCCGAAAUAAAAUGCGCUCGGUUGGAGAAGCAGUUGGACUUAAUGAAAAGAACAGUGAGGAGCACAGAGUCGGACCGAACAGCCAUGCUCAAACACCAGGAGUGUGUGCGUAGCUCCAGUGAUGUGUGUGAGAAGUUGGAGAGGUUGGAGCAGGACUACAGGAGACUGACACACACACAGAACAAUGCUGAGGUCAAAAUCCGAGAGCUGGAAUGUAAACUACAGGAGGAGGAACAUCACAGGAAACUCAUUCAGGAUAAAGCUGCUCAGUUACAGACAGGCCUCGAAGCCAAUCGUGUUCUGAUGGAGUCCGUGUGGUCCCGCCCACAUCGCUCCUCCAAGAGCACGAAGAAGAAACUUCAAUCCAAGCCUUUGCAGCAGAGACAUUCUCAUACACAGCCUCACUACAGACUGAGCCUGGGGGAUGUACCAUUUGUGGCUGGAACAUCCACAGGGACGAGUCACUCUGUCCGCGCUAACGUACAGCAUGUCCUCCACCUCCUGAAGCAACACAACCCUCAGCUGUGUAAUGAGCGUGUUCUGAGAGCCAAUGGGAAAGAGGCAUCUGAGUGUCAAUCGUGCAGUAGCUCCUCCUCUCUCUCCUCCUCUUCCUGUAGCAAGGAGCUUUCAGAGCUGCUGCAGGCUCUACAGGACGAGUUCGCACACUUCAGCUUCAAGCACCAGGAGUUGGGGAAGCAGGUCCAGGCGUGUCGCUCUGACAGACUGAGACAGGAUUUGGAACGAGAGAUGGAGAACCUGGUGAAGAAGAUGGAGGAAAAGGGGGAACAGAUCGCUAAAGUGCGACGACAUCAGGCUCAGGUGGAGAAGUUAAAGAAGCAGUCUCGUCAGCAUGAAGGUGAAUUGAAGUUCACAUCUGCACUGAAGGCCAAGUCCAAACCAGGAGAGCGCAGUAAGGACAGUCUGCGUUUGCUCAAGGACAUGCGCACACUGCAGACUUCACUGAGCCUGGACCAACACUACUGGGAUUACUGACACACACACACACACACACACACACACCACCAGGAAUCAGGACCAAUCACGUGCUCAUAGUGAUUUAGAAGUUCAGAUGGUGGUGUUGAAACACCAGUAAAUCCGGGUUCAGCGUCAGGAGACCUUUUUAUUUCUCCGCUACACACACAGUACUGGGGAGAAGAGAAAAAUCACAAUCGGCAAAAUAAAAGCUUUUAAUUUUUUAUAUAUAUAUAAGCACAUUCACGCCACAAACUUUUUUCUCAGUACACAACUAGAAUGAUCUAGUCUCUGUUUAGAUCCGUCACAUACGUAAAGACAGGAAUGUCUACAAGACACACAAAACUGAACAUAAGACUGACCGACAGAUAAAGAUCUUAAUGUAAGAGCAGGAACUGAUGAUCUAUCAGGUAAUAAAUGGCAAGAAAGAGUCCAAACUUCACAGAAAUGACCAACGGUUUAGAACGGUUCCCUUUUCAGUACUUCAGGCUUUUCGUGUUCUCUUCAAUAAGAAACGUUAAUAUUUGUUAGAUGCUUAAAUGCAGGGACAACUGUAGGGGGGGGGGGCAGUUUUACUUUUUACUCAUACCUAUAAAACGAUCAGUUAUCACUGUAGGAAUAACUGAGCUAUUUUCCAGCUCUGUAAUAAAAGAAAAUGUUCCUCAUUAAUCUUAGUGUAAAAACAGAAGAAAUCUCCCUGCCGAUGAAACGUAUGACUCAGACCCGGGGUUUAAUCUGUUGUUGAUUUUUCCAGCCACAAACACACACACACACACACACACAGAAAGUAUUCAUGAACGUGAGAAGAAGAAAAAAAACAUGAACUUGAACCUGUAGAUUCAAGAAAGCAAGACUGGCUAUUUAACCAGCUUUUUUUUUGUUUAUAAGUGAUUAAAGUAAGCUUUUACUUUACAAAUACAACCUUUUGUGCAUCUCAUGUUGUCUCAUGUUCAGUUAAACUGUAUUAAAACUGUCUUUAGUUUCUCUGGACCUUCGGGUACAAGAUCAGUAUAAAUCUGCUGUAAGAGCGACGUUUAAUCAGGGAUUUUUUUUAUUUUUAAGAAAGUGAUUGGAGUUUAAAACACAUUUAACAAUCUUAGAAAUUGUUCAAAAUGUACAUUAAAAAAAAGCAAAAAGCAUAUAUCUAUAGGACCAACCUGUGAAAUAUAUUUUAUAAUUCAUUUAAGAUGUGAAAAUUUUUAACAGGUUUGAAAUGAAAUUUGGAAUUUGUUUUGUUUGUCACUUCAUCCCAUCAAUCCUAACGAUGUUGUCGAUGUAUGUAUGUUUGUGUAGCUGCUUUUAAACUUCCUGCUGUUUGAGGUUGACGUGUGUGUGUGUGUGAGAGAGAGAGUAUUUUGUGGCAUCAUCAUUUCAAAUAAAGUAUUUAUUUUA